AUGGACACUGUUUUCACAAACUUCAAGGCUGGUAUGGAGGGCGUGGACAAGGAGAAAGUGAAGGCCAUCGUGCACGACAUGUCCAAGGGAUCGGACCACUUCAAGAACGAGCAGCGCAAGGCGGCGGCGACGGAUAAAGCCAAGCCGUUUGCUGUGGGCGGGAUCGGCAUGAUCAGCACGGCCAACUAUGUCGCCCGUCGCUAUGGUGUGCGAUCUGCCAUGCCAGGUUUCAUUGCACUGAAGCUGUGCCCACAGCUCAUAUUUGUCAAGUCCAACUUUGAUAAAUAUUCAAAGGCCAGCGCGCAAACCAGGGCGGUGUUCAGGGACUACGACCCGGAGUUUGAGGCCGGCAGCAUGGACGAGGCCUACUUGGACGUCACAGAGUACUGGUUCAACUCACUCACGGUCCAUCCAUACAGCGUCGGCAUUGCUCCCAAUCGCAUGCUGGCCAAGGUCUGCUCCGAUCGCAACAAGCCAAACGGACAGUAUGAGCUGCCCUCCACUCUGGCGGCUGUUCGUCAGUUUGUUGCUGCGCUGGAAAUUCGCAAGGUUCCGGGUGUUGGCAAGGUCACAGAGCGAAUUCUCAGUGCGUUUGGGGUCCAUGUUGCUGCAGACCUGCACACGCAUCGAGCCCUCCUGGCGGCCCUGUUCAGCCCCGUCUCGCUCGACUUCUUCAUGCGCAUAGCCCUGGGCCUGGGCUCCACGCGACACUCGGACCCGGGCCCCGACGGCAGUGUGGGGAGGAAGGGCAUGAGCUGCGAGAGGACGUUCAGGAACAUGAGCGAACCUCGGGAUCUGGAAGCGAAGCUCGGUGAGCUGGCGGAGCACCUCGCCGCAGACAUGGCCAGCGAGGAUUUGAAGGGGCGCACCCUCACCCUGAAGCUGAAGUGCUCCAACUUUGAGCUGCGGACCCGCGCCAUGACGCUGCCCAAGUACAUUCACACCGCCAGCGACAUCCUGGCAGCCGCACUGAAGCUGCUGCAGGCCGAGCUUCCCAUCGAGGUCAGGGACCCAGGCCAGCUGAGCCUGGCUGAGAUGCUGGCGGGCCGGAGGUCGCCGGCAGCGGGUGCCGAGGCCGGGCCGAGCAGCGCGGGUGCCGAGGCCGGGCCGAGCAGCGCGGGUGCUGGGGACUAUGAGGGGGAAGCCGCCGGAUCCUCCCUGGGCGAGGGGGAGCUGCUGGAGCUCUCCCUGCAGGACUGGGGCAGGCGUCGGGGCCCCAGGCCUCCUGCAGAGGACACCUGUCCCGGCAGGGACGGAUCCAGGUCCCCUGAUGGGCGGGAAGCCAAGCCUGCGGCCAUGGGGGAGUGGGCCUGCGGCGCCUGCACGCUGCUGAACCCAGGGCUUGCGGGCAGGUGCGAGGCCUGCGGGCAGCGCCGCAGGCCGCACGCGACGAUGGCAGUCCGUCGGGGCCAGAAGAAGAAGCCCAAGGUGGAGGGUGUGACGCUGGACCGAUUCCUGGCUGGCAAGUCGCGGGCGGCAAGCCGUGGCAUCGACAGCCCGGCAUCAGGAGGCUCGGCCGACAUCGCAGAGUGCAGCCUGUGCAGAGUCACGGGAGACACACGCAUGACUGGCGAUGUCAACAUCGAAUUCGACUUUGACUGGAAAUCUGAGGGUCAGGCCUUGGAGCUGUACAUCUCCGUGCCCAAGCUCCCCCUGCUCGUUUCUGAAGUGGUCCCGGAUCCGUUGGAGGACACCCUAGCCCUGCUCAUGUCCCUUACGGUCAUGUGCACCGACCUCUGGCUCAAGGGCACCGCCAGGGUGACUCUGCGUCCCCUGCUGGAGGAGAUGCCGGUGGUGGGCGGCGUGCGCAUCUCCCUCAUCAAUCCCCCGGACUUUGGCUAUGACCUGAAGCUCGGGUAUGAUUUGCGGUUUGUGCUGGAGACGAUGGAGCCCCUCAUCAAGUCCUGGGUGGACGGCGUCGUCAAGGAGUCUGUACUCCAGCCGUAUGUGCUGCCGGAGCACCUCUGGAUCCCCAUCACAGACGACGCAGAGGACGUGGACAAGCCAGAGGGCGUGCUGCACGUCAAGAUCCUGAACGCCACGGGGGUGCCUCGCAUGGACCUCCUGGGCGGCUGCGACCCAUACCUGGAAAUCUAUGUCCGCGACAGCCAGCGCAGGCUGACAGACGUGAGGAAGAAGACCCGCGAGCCCACAUGGAACGAGUCCUUUGUCUUUGCCAUUGCCGCACCGCAGUACCAGGAGCUGAGGAUGAUCAUGUGGGACGAGGAUGAGUGGUCACCCCCUGAUGAGAUUGGAAGGGCCCUGCUGCCCAUCAAGGAGCUGGAGCAUGGCAAGCAGACGAGCAAGACCCUGGACUUCAAGGCCAGAGUGGAGGAGGUGCACGAAGAGGAGAAGGCCAAGGCGACCAGGAUGCAGCACUUUGCCAUGGCCCUGGGCCGACCCUUCAUCAAAAAGGGCGGCACCAUGUGCCACCUGAACGUCGAGGUCACCUACACCCCUCUGAGCCGCAAGGAGGUGGAGCUGGUGGAGAACGCCAUGCGCCACGGCGCAGAGCAUGCGCUCCGGCAGCGCUCGGUUCAGCAGGGCAUCUCGCCGGCGGUUCGGGAGCUCAUCCGCACCGGGGUCGUGCAGCUGACCCUGCACAAUGUCCACAGCAAGACCCUCGUCUCCAAGCUGCGCACGCCCCAUGUAAAGGCGAGAAUGCGGGUCAAGGAGUCUGAGAAGUCCUCACCGCUCACGCUGGCCAACCGAAGGGGGCAGGCAGCCUUCCCCGCGCCCCUGUCGGUGCACGUGGGACUGGAUGCAGUGGAGGACGAGAGCACCAUGGUGGAGAUCAUCAUCCAAGAGAAGGGCUGGGUAGGGACUUCCACCGUCGGCAAGCUGGAGUUUCCCCUGGCCACGGUCAUCAAGCGCAUGAAGACCAAGGGCGAGUUCCACCUCCAAGAAGGCUCGGGCACUGCCAAGCUGGACCUCCGCUGGACGCGCUACCUCUGA